GAGGCGGAAGUGACGUGUUACAGCACGCGCGCGGUGUCGCGAGGGUACCGGAAGUGUUGACGGCAGUGAUGGAGGCGGCCAUGGCGGGGUCGCUGGGACGCCUCUCGGAGGCGCUGGGGAGCACGGAGCCCGCCCUGAGGCUACUGGUGUCACUGUUGUGUGGGUACCCGCUAGCGCUGGCUGAGCGGCGAUGGCUGAGCGGCGCCUCUCCCCCUCUCAUUUGCUGUGCCCACUGCCUCAGUGGACUGCUCAUCGCUGCCUGGAACUUUGGCCUGGACUCGGGCCACUUGCUGGCCUGCAUGCUGGUGCAGUAUGUGCUGCUGGUGGUGCUCGGUGGGACAGCCGGUUGUGUCGCAGUCUCCUUCAUCUUCCAGAUGGGUUACCUCUGCCUGGGCUACUACUACUCAGCGACUGAAAACUACGACAUCAAGUGGACAAUGCCUCACUGUGUACUCACCCUGAAGCUCAUUGGAGCGGCGAUUGACUUUUACGAUGGCCAAAAAAAACCGGAGUGUCUCUCCCCCGAGCAGGGCGUCUAUGCUCAGCAGCGUUGUCCCACCCUGCUGGAAGUUUCCGGCUUUGGCCUCUUCUACGGAGGCCUCCUGGUAGGACCACAAUUCUCACUCCGCCAGUACCUCCGUCACUGUCACGGAGAGCUCACCGACUCACCGGGACAGCCUCCACAAAGUGUGGGUCCCGCUCUUGAGAGAAUGGCUCUUGGACUCUUCUAUGUCUUGGUGUUCGCUGUUGGAGGGCCAUACUUCCCCGAUUCCUACCUCCUGUCUGCAGAAUACCAGGCUCAGCCGCUGUGGUAUCGCUGUGUUCACCUUGCCUUCUGGGGGAAGAUCGCUCUCUACAAAUACCUGUGCUGUUGGCUCCUAGCGGAGGGAGUCUGCAUCCUGUGUGGACUGGCCUACUCCGGCCGCUCCCCGGACGGGCGAUGUCGCUGGGACGCUUGUUGCAACAUCCACGUGGCACGCUUUGAGCUCACCGUGCUCUUCACAGGCACCAUCGCCUCCUUCAACACCAACACCAACACUUGGGUAGCCAGGUACAGCACCUCCAUCACCAGCAUCAUCACCGUGCUCUUCACAGGCACCAUCGCCUCCUUCAACACCAACACCAACACUUGGGUAGCCAGGUACAGCACCUCCAUCAUCAUCAUCAUCACCAGCAUCAUCAUCAUCACCAGCAUCAUCACCGUGCUCUUCACAGGCACCAUCGCCUCCUUCAACACCAACACCAACACUUGGGUAGCCAGGUACAGCACCUCCAUCAUCAUCAUCAUCACCAGCAUCAUCAUCACCAUCAUCAUCACCGUGCUCUUCACAGGCACCAUCGCCUCCUUCAACACCAACACCAACACUUGGGUAGCCAGGUACAGCACCUCCAUCAUCAUCAUCACCUGCAUCAUCACCAUCAUCAUCACCGUGCUCUUCACAGGCACCAUCGCCUCCUUCAACACCAACACCAACACUUGGGUAGCCAGGUACAGCACCUCCAUCACCAGCAUCAUCACCAUCAUCAUCACUGUGCUCUUCACAGGCACCAUCGCCUCCUUCAACACCAACACCAACACUUGGGUAGCCAGGUACAGCACCUCCAUCACCAGCAUCAUCAUCACCAGCAUCAUCAUCACCAGCAUCAUCACCGUGCUCUUCACAGGCACCAUCGCCUCCUUCAACACCAACACCAACACUUGGGUAGCCAGGUACAGCACCUCCAUCAUCAUCAUCAUCAUCACCAGCAUCAUCACCGUGCUCUUCACAGGCACCAUCGCCUCCUUCAACACCAACACCAACACUUGGGUAGCCAGGUACAGCACCUCCAUCAUCACCAUCAUCACCAUCAGCACCAUCGCCUCCUUCAACACCAACACCAACACUUGGGUAGCCAGGUACAGCACCUCCAUCACCAGCAUCAUCACCGUGCUCUUCACAGGCACCAUCGCCUCCUUCAACACCAACACCAACACUUGGGUAGCCAGGUACAGCACCUCCAUCACCAGCAUCAUCACCGUGCUCUUCACAGGCACCAUCGCCUCCUUCAACACCAACACCAACACUUGGGUAGCCAGGUACAGCACCUCCAUCACCACCAGCAUCAUCACCAGCAUCAUCACCGUGCUCUUAACAGGCACCAUCGCCUCCUUCAACACCAACACCAACACUUGGGUAGCCAGGUACAGCACCUCCAUCAUCACCUCCUUCAUCAUCACCAGCAUCAUCCCUGUGCUCUUCACAGGCACCAUCGCCUCCUUCAACACCAACACCAACACUUGGGUAGCCAG